AUGGUCGGCAUCAGGGUCCUGUUUUACUUGGACGACCUGCUGCUGCUGGUGCGGUCCCCGGACGAGGCAGUGGUGCAGACGUUCAAGCUCAUCGCACACCUGUCUCACCUGGUUUUUACAGUGAACUGGAAAAAGAGCGCUCCUCUCCCCUCCCAGAGGCUCACCUCAGGAGCUCUCUCAGGAGAGAGUGGACACUUUGACGGAGCUGGUCCGCCGUAUGGUUCCCCAGACGGUGGUGAGGGCUCUUUCUAUCAUGAGGCUCCUGGGAAUCAUGUUGGCAGCUCACGUGGUGGUCCCCCUGGCCCCCCUAGUUUAUCCGCCUGCGUCUCCACCGUCAAAGUGAUAAGGGGCAACUCCAGGAGAGACGACAGCAAUCGCCUCACCACAGACUUGUUCCGCAAAGAGGAAAACGCCACAGUAACGCCAUCAGGUGGAGUCAUCCACAGCCCACGCUACCCCAACGCUUACCCCCGGAAUCUGCUGUUGUCAUGGAAACUGCUGUCACCACCAGGGAGUCGCAUUCACCUGGAGUUUGAUGGACACUUUGGCUUGGAGGAGGCUGAGAAUGGAGUAUGCAGGUAUGACUUUGUUGAAGUGGAGGACCAAUCAGAGACCAGCACUAUAAUUUGGGGUCGCUGGUGUGGGCAGAAGGCACCAUCUAGCCUCAACUCAAAAACCAACACUCUCAGAGUCACCUUCAAGUCUGAUGAUUACUUUGUUGCAAAGCCGGGAUUCAAGGUCUACUACUCACUGCUGUAUGACUCUCCUCUGCCUGCAUCCAAUACCAACUGGGAGGCUGUCACUCUGCCCAUGUCGAACACUGGUGGAGGGCAGGUGCCAGUGGCAGUCACAGAGGUUCCUUUGUCAUUGGAAGAUCUGGACCGAACCAUAGCUGCCUUUGACACUGUAGAACAGCUUCUGAGAUCCCUGAGCCCAGACACCUGGAAGCAGGACCUGGACAGCAUCUACACUCAAACACACAUACAUUAUAGAUCCAGGGCCUAUCAUCUGGCAAGCAGACAUAAUAAAAUUGAUCUGAACCGUCUCAAUGACGACGUCAAGCGGUACAGCUGUACUCCUCGCAACUACUCUGUAAACCUGCGCGAGGAGCUGAGGGCCACCAACGCCGUCUUCUUUCCUCGAUGUCUGCUGGUCAAGCGCUGUGGAGGCAACUGUGGCUGCGGAACCAAUAACUGGAACAGCGGCUGUACCUGUCAAGCCUCCAAGACCACACUCAAACUACAUGAGGUGCUGAAGUACGCCCCAGAGGUCACUCUGCAUCAGCGCUUUCGGAAGCCACGGGUGCAAUGGGUCAUAGAUGAGAUCUUCCUCACACACCAUGAAAAAUGCCAGUGUGUGUGUCCCUCCCAGCCCCCACGCUGAGACACUCAGACUGGCACACGCAUCUGGAAGUAUUGGACAGACUUCAUAUAAUAAAUAACAGCAACGCAGACACACAUGCGGCAAAGAAGGCAACAAUUUGACUGGCAAACUGCAGCUCCUAUCAUACACAAUGACAUUUGUUCUUGUAAGUAAACCACCUAGCUCCCUUUGUACACAAUGCAUACAUCUUUCUGGCCAAACAUGUUUGUUAUUGAACUUUAAUGUAAGUUGAUCUAGUCUAAAUCUACCAUGUUUACACCACAUUUAAACAUCAAUUGUGCACCAAACAGUGGCUCUUCUCCAGAGGAAUUCACUUUCAAUUCAAUCAAAAAGUUUUUUACCUCCAAAAUCUAAAUACUGAAAAUAAAUUUAGAAUAAAAAAAAUGACCAUACCACAUUAGAAUGAAACAACACCAAUAUUGUAUCAAACUUGAAAGAGUUUAAUGGAUGCCAACUUGAUUGGAGUGAAGUUUAAUUGACUCCAACCGCUGUGUAAACAAUUGUUUUUAUUCCUAUUUCUUGUGUAUGUAUUUGAGUUUCUUUGUGUUAUAUUAGGACUGUUUCUAAAAAAAAAAAAAAAACCUUCAGGCACUUCUUCCGCCAGGAGCAUGCUGAGAUGAGGGAGCACGAGACAGGAGGAGGGAGAGAGAGGGGUUGGAGGAAGUGUUAAUCAAAAUAACACUUUAUCUUGACGUGAAAUUACGCUAACCUCAACCCUCCCUGCACGCUAACCCGCUCUCUCACACACACAUACCUAAAAUAAAAACUAGUUAUUUACUGAAUUUUCCGCUGCUCUGUUUUUCAGCGAAGCCCCUUUUGUUCUGUACACAUUCCUGUCUGCAUGUAUUCUCGCUUCCUUUCGUCUUUCCAUCCGUACACUUCCAGCUCCUUUUCUUUCUUCCUCACUGACUCUCCCUCUCUCUCCCUUCGUCACUCACUCUCUUAACACAUCAAAGGAGACGUGAGAUCAGGCCGCUGCGCUCUGCCCAGUUUUCUGAGCGUUCCUGGCAUUCCAACUGCUAACAGGAAUUCUGCUGCUGCAGAUAAAACCGCGAUCCUCAGUCCCUGAAAACACAUAAGAGGAAAGGGGGAGAGAUACUUCAGGAUGAGAGACGGAGAGGUUUUUAGGAGAGGUGACUGACAGAAAAGGGACAAUCAAGCCGCCUAUUUGUAGAUUAGCACUGCUCCUGGAUGAGAGCCACUUUCAAGAUACAACCCGUGAAAGAUUGCAGCAGCUUCAGCAAUUUCAAUCAGCACGUUCAUGCUUUCAGCUCGCCUGAUUUUUUGUGCUACAUGAAGAUGCUCAUACGUAUCAUAAUCUGACCUACUAUUUUGCACGCCAGUGAAAAAGAGAUCUGUGGGAAUUAGAGUAAUGUUCUUGGUCUCUACUGAAAAUACAACUGAUACUUUAGUGUGUGUGUGUUUUUGCCUGUAACAGCUCAGGAAGAGGUCCUUUUGUUUAAGGGGUGGAGGGUUACCAACAGUCUGUGAGAGCUGGCAGCAGAUACAAGCAUGUGAACAGUCGACAUGUGACUGCGUGCAAGAGUGUGUGUGACUGCGUGCAAGAGUGUGUGUGUGGAUAGAGUAUUCAAAGCAACAGAGCAUGAAUUUAUACUAACUGCUUAUCAUUUCCAUACACACACGACCCAGCUGCGAGAAAUAAGGACACUGUCAUCUCUCCAUCAUGACCGCCCCUCCUCCCCAUGUGUCCCACCAUCGCAGGCCCUAGCUUUACAGGCUAGAUUUACACAGAGAAAAUGGGAUUUUACACACUACUUUUGUUCUAAAGGCAGACAAAAACAGAAUAAACCGGACAUUGACACGAUUCCUCAGUCACAGUGAAACCAGAUCAGCUGUGUUCUGACAGAGGUUGUGUGUGCGCAUGUGUCUACCGUGAGUCAAGGGUGUUAUUUGGCAGGUGUGGAAUUCAAAACACAACCGGACACACACUUUUGUGUGUGUCCGGUUGUGCGGUACUGACAUUCCAAGUAAUUUAUCACAGACACCAUCCACACAGAUACAGACAGUUGUUUUUGGCAGUAGUUCGUCUAAGAAAGCAGCCGCACUGUGCUGUCAAGCUUUUGUCUUCUGGUCUCUUGCAAAGUAUGCUCUCAUUCCUGUGUGCUGCAUUUUGAAACACAAAGAUAUACACUAAGCUCAUACAGAGUUGGCGAUUUGAUUGAAUUUCACAAAGGACGGUUGGCAGGUAAAUUACCCCUUUUUAUUUUCAGUAGCUAACGAGCCAGAUGGUGAUUAGGUAACAUGUCAUUUCCAAGAUGCUUUGCUGCAAAGUGUGUAGUUACUGUACCCACGAUUUUGUCAGAGCUUGUAUGAAAUCUGCUGCCAACAGGAGAUGUAUUGUAAAUGUA